GCUCCCAGCGGCUCCCGAACGGCGCCACGUCCGCUCCCGCUCGGCUGGUAAAGCCGGGCUCGGGCGGGGCCGGCGGGUUCUGCAGGGCCCCAGGCUCGUUACAGCGGUUCUUCCCCUCACAACACAGAGAUGGCAACCGAGAAGGACCAGCAGAAGGUUGCGGAGGCGGAAGGGCUGAGCGCCACGACCCUGCUGCCGAAACUGAUUCCAUCUGGCGCGGGCCGUGAGUGGCUAGAGCGGCGCCGUGCGACCAUCCGGCCCUGGGGCUCGUUCGUGGACCAGCGGCGCUUCUCACGGCCCCGCAACCUGGGCGAGCUGUGCCAGCGCCUCGUACGCAAUGUGGAGUACUACCAGAGCAACUAUGUGUUCGUGUUCCUGGGCCUCAUCCUGUACUGUGUGGUGACAUCCCCCAUGCUGCUGGUAGCUCUGGCUGUCUUCUUUGGCGCCUGUUACAUCCUCUAUCUGCGCACGUUGCAGUCCAAGUUUGUGCUGUUUGGCCGAGAGGUGACCCCAGCCCACCAGUAUGCUCUGGCCGGGGCCGUCUCCUUUCCCUUCUUCUGGCUAGCUGGUGCCGGCUCCGCUGUCUUCUGGGUCCUAGGAGCCACACUCGUGGUCAUCGGCUCCCACGCCGCCUUCCACCAGACCGAGGCCGUGGAGGGGGAGGAGCUGCAGAUGGAACCUGUGUGAGGGGUCUUCCAGGACCUGCCAGCCUCCCGAGCCAGCUGCCCCAUGCCUGUUCACCCCUGUCCUGCAUGGCUCUGCCGCUCUGGACAAAGACCCCCUUCCCAUCACAAGCCCAGGGAGGGACUCCAGCUUUAGAAAUAAAGCUGUUACAGUUGUCAUUCAGCAAA